AUGUAUAGUGGCCAGGACUUCGGCGUCCAUGGGGCGGCCUACGGCCAGGGCAUGCCCGCGGGGCAGCAGAUGAUGGUGCAGCAGCAGCCAGAGCAGCCCGUAAGGAAGCAGGAGACGGGGAAGAAGGGCGCGCUGCCCUGGCAAACGGAGGCCGAACGCAAGGCGGAGAGGGCCGAGAUGCGCACGAUCAUGAGGACCCAGAAGGAGAAGCAGGACUUCAUCGAUCGAGAGAGCACCAUCAAGUGGCUCUGCUCGCUGGGCACCCUGAACGCCUUCCUGCUGCUCGUCCCGCUGUUCGGGAACUCCUGGCAGCGCAAGGCGUUCAUCGGCCUGGGGGUCAAGAUGCUCCAGGUCAGGAUUUCGAUGUUCUACAUCGAGGUGCAUGUCCAGUGCGGGAAGAACUGGCUCGAGGACAAGUUCUGCAAUGGGUUCGUGAUGAAGAUGAAGGGCACGCACAACCUGCAGGAUGCCACCCACAUGGCAUGCGCGACGAACAGCGUCCUGCCCGGGCACGCGUGCUCGAUCAUGAGCAGGUGCUUCCACUGCAACCUCGGGACCUUCGGGGCCUUCGUGCUGGCGAUCGUCUGCAGCCUCUGCGGCGUCAUGUUCCUCUCCCACUACUGGUACUCGAAGCCGAUCCCGAAGAUCAGGAACUGGGCGUGUUUCUUCUACGGCGCGUCGGCCGCCUUCGCAGUCGGCGGGCUGACGUUCUGGGCUUUCACCCGGCCCGAGAUCGAGCAGCUCCCGCGCGCCUGGACGGAGACCGCGGGCACGGCGACCUUCGACCUCUUCGCCAUCAAGCCGGCGCCGGGGCAACCCUUCGGCUGGUGCGCCAUCGCCGCGUGCAUCGUCGCGUUCUCCUACCUCGUGCAGUUCCUCCUCUGGCCGGCGUGGUUCGCCCCGCACGAGAAGGAGGAGGAGGCUGUGAUGAACGAGGUGAUGGCUCAGGAGCACCUCGAUCAGCGCAUCCUCGACAUGCAGAACAGCAUGCUGCCGGGCGGGGCUGCUCCGCAGCCCGGGUACGGCGCCGCUGGGUACGACCAGCAGCGCCAGCAGCAGCAGCAGCAGUGGUACGGCGGCGCUGGCCAGCAACCUGCGCCGGGGGCGGGGGGCUACAGAUGA